UUGACCUGGUAGUUCUAAGCAUGCGCCAAUAAAUGUCAAAAUUUUUGUCACAUUUUAUUCAAAAUACAUCUGGUCCUCUGCAAGCACGACAGAUAUUUCUAACAAUAAUGCAUAGACGCGGUGCUUCACACAGAACUCCUAAAUUCAAGCCAGAAGUGAAAGUGGUAGGCAACCGUCCAAGGCAGGUUGCAAGCAUGUCUCCCAGACAGGAGAAAGUGGAAGUUUUACCAGAACCAACCAAAUCUGUUGCUGAUAAAAAGCUUUACAAGACAAUAAAACUAGAGAAUGGCCUCACAGCCCUGCUUAUAUCGGACCCCAGUCGCCCAGCAGAGAUUGAGUCAAGCGAUGAGGAGUCCCUCAGUUCAGAGGACACAAGUGAUGACAGUGACAGCGGCAGGUCGGAGCAGUCCGGCGGCAGCGACCGUGUCCCGUUCAUGCGGAAACGGGACUUCGAUGAGGAGAAACUGGCGGCGUGCGCCCUCACCGUGGGCGUGGGCAGCUACAGCGACCCCCCCGACAUGCAGGGGCUGGCGCACUUCGUCGAGCACAUGGUGUUCAUGGGCAGCGAGAAGUACCCGAAGGAGAACGAGUUCGAUUCCUUUAUUAAGAAAAAAGGCGGCUCCGACAACGCGUCGACGGACUGCGAGGUGACAACGUUCUACUUCGAGAUCCCGGAGCGUCACCUCGCGCACGCCAUGGACAUGUUCAGCCAGUUCUUCGUCAGCCCGCUCAUGCUCAAGGAGGCCAUGCAGAGGGAACGGGAGGCUAUUGAAUCCGAGUUCGCGAUGGCGUUACCAUCGGAUUCCAACCGCAAGGACCAGUUGCUGUCGAGUUUCUUCCCCGAGGGUCAUCCGGCGCGGACCUUCACGUGGGGCAACCUCAAGAGUCUGCGGGACAACAUUAACGACGAUGAGAAGCUGCACCGAGCUGCGCACGAGUUUAUGAGAAGGCAUUACAGUGCGCAUAGGAUGACUGUUGCUGUGCAGGCGCGCAUGGACCUCGCGACGCUAGAGCAGUACGUGAUCAACACGUUCGGGCGCGUGCGCAACAACAAGCUCGCGGCCGACGACUUCAAGCCGUACGCGUACCGACCCGACAUCGUCACCGAUCACUUCAAGGGACUGUAUUAUGUCAAGCCGGUCGGAGAUACUACGGAGGUCCACAUCACGUGGUGCAUGAAGUCGUUAAUGAAAGAGUACGAGACGAAGCCGCACCAGUACAUAUCGUUCCUGCUCGGACACGAAGGAAAAGGCAGUCUGCUCUCAUACCUCAAGAAGAAGGUGUGGGCGCUGGGCAUCUACACGGGCAACUCGGAGAGCGGCAUCGACUACACCUCCAUGUACAGCCUCUUCUCCACGCAGAUCGUACUCACGCAGGACGGACUCCAACAUGUCGACGAGGUGAUCGAGGCUACAUACUCGUACAUAAACAUGUUGCGUCGACUCGGACCCUCGAAACACAUUUUCGAUGAAAUAAAGUCCGUGGAGGAUACGAACUUCCGCUUUGAGGAAGAGAUGCAGCCGUCGGACUACGUGGAGACGCUGUCCGAGAACAUGCAGUUCUACCCGCCGCAGCAUUACAUCACCGGCGAGAAACUGUACUUCAAGUAUGAUGAGAAGGCAAUAAUGGAGAUCCUGGAGUUCAUGACGCCGGACAUGGCGAACGUGAUCAUAAUGACGAACCGGCGCGACGCGUCCAUACGCUACGACCAGAAGGAGAAGUGGUUCGGCACGGACUACCAGCGGAGAGAGAUUCCAGAAUCGUGGAUGAAACGCUGGAUGAGCGUGGAACCGUAUCCAGACUUCAAGAUACCGGAUAAAAACAUAUACAUAACGACCAAUUUUGACCUCAUCCCCCCUGCGCAGCCAUACAUCGACACCGCGCGGGAGCUCGGCGUGGACCUGAAGACCAGCACCGCCAAGGACCUCUACAAGAAGGGGGUGAACGCCCAGCAUACCACCAAACAGCUGAAACGAGGAGAUCUUAUCGCUACUGUGAACAACUUCAGGAUAGACCAGCCGAACUUGCUCCGGAAGAACCGUCAGAUGGAGCUGUGGUACAAGCCGGACUUCAAGUUCAGAUUCCCGACCGCGUUACUGUAUUUUUACUUCAUCACGCCGUUAGGAUUCAAGUCUCCGAGGGAGGCGUGCUUACUCGAUCUCUGGACGGACGUGUUACAACAAGAACUUAAGGAAGACAGUUACCCGGCGCAAAUGGCAGAACUGACGCAAGCUAUAUGGGUCUCCGACAAAGGGAUCAUGGUCAAAAUCAACGGGUACAAUCAGAAUUUACACUUGUUGAUGGAGCUGGUGUCGCGGCGCAUGGUGUCGUCGGUGGAGGGUCUGUCGGGCGCGAUGUUCGGCGCGGUGCGCGAGGUGCGCGCGCGCGUGUACUACAACACCGUCAUCAAGCCGCACAAACUCUCCAAAGAUCUUCGAAUGCAACUGUUGUUAGAGCCGUACAUAUCGCCGCGGAUAAAGGGCACCAUCUUACCGAACAUCACGCUCGACGAACUGAAGGACUUCGGCAGGAAAUUACUCAAGAAGUUAUAUGUACAGGUGCUAGUGCAGGGAAACCUCGCGUGGCACGAAGCUAUCGACAUCGCCGAUAAUGUGUACGACACUAUCAUGUGGGAGCCACUGUCGCCCGAAGAGAUGCCUGAUGUGAAAGUCCACCAACUCCCCCUGGGCGAGAAGAAGCUGCGCGUGAUGAGCCUCAACCAGCACUCCGCCAACAGCAUGAUCACCAACUACUACCAAGCGGAGGCGGCCAACGUCAACGACACCGCUACGCUCGAAGUCAUCAUGAUGCAAAUGGAGGAGCCGGUGUUUGACUUCCUCCGCACGAAGGAGCAGCUCGGGUACAGCGUGUUCAGCAUGAUGCGAUACACCUUCGGCGUACUCGGCUUCAGCGUCAGCGUCAACACGCAGGCCAACAAGUUCAGCGUGUGGCACGUGGACGGUCGCGUGGAGGCGUUCCUGAAGCAGUUCGUGCGCUCGAUGCGGCGCCUGUCGGAGAAGGAGCUGCGCGCCGCCAAGACCGCGCUCGUGCACGUCAAGCACACCGCCGACAUCGAGCUCAAGGAGGAGGCAGAGAGGCAUUGGAAGGAAAUCGUGAAUCAAGAAUACAACUUCCAAAGAUUGUUCAUUGAGGCGGACGCCAUCGAAGCGGUAACCAUGGCGGAUGUGAGAAAAUGGGUAGACAACCACUUCUUGAGCGGCAACAAAUCUAGUUUCAGAAAACUGUCCAUACAGGUAAUGGGUCACCAGUUAAACGACACCGAAUUGGAAUCCCAACCGACCGGACUGACAAACCCGCACGAAAACUACGCCCUUGUAGUAUUCGACGCGAACCAACUCCCCGACGAACCCCACGAGAACAAGGAGGAGUUUAUCAAAGAUAUAGAAAGCUUUAAGAACAACCUGCCUUUUGUGCCUGUGAGAAAAGUGCAAUUAGCCCUAUGUUGAAAUAAUUAAAAAGUAAACUGUCAACCGUUGAUGCUGGCUGGAUAUUGCUGUAUUUUUGUUAGUUUCCGUCAGGGUUAAUAGAUGGCGCUGUUUUAUUAAUUACAGAUCUCGCCAAUUGUAACUUUUUGCUGUAGGAACUGUUUAUAUGGUGCGUAAAUUCUUAUGAAGUUGAUGUGAAGUAUUAAACUCGACGGUUGACUGUUAAAAAUAUUGCCAAAUAUUUCUUGCACACAAUAUUUAAAUGUGGGUAUAUAGAUUUAUUAUAAUUUCAAUAAACAGGGAGCAUUUGACAUUUAUGUUCUAUGACAAGAUAGAAUGGACAUGAAUUUAUUUUAAUUUAAAUCAAUUAUAAAUGGAACGAAUGAACUACUUUUAAAUAUUGUGUGAAAUUAAAGUGUCCGUACAUUGUACGGUGAGGUGUGAUGUAUAAAUCUUAUUUUAUUUGUUAAUUGACAAUGUAAAUAAUUAUGUUUGCAGAAUAUAGACUUGUUUUAA